GUAUUACACGCGUUCUAUUAGCACCAUGGAACCACCAACCUCUAGCGUGCGAUUCUUUUUCAUCCUUUCCUUCGCCACAGCGUUUCUCAGCUGCGCUCAAGCGGCGGGCCCACCGAAGUCAGUCGCAGCAGGAAUUUUUGUGAAAACCUUUGUUCCUCCGCACGCCAUCCUCCGCACGCCAUCCUCCGCAAGAACAUCAACAAGGGCAAGGCACGUGCGCCUUCGAGGGGAGCUUCGACACAAGCACGUACUUCGGUCACGGCCACAAGUUAUACCUCCCUAAGAGCGUCUACCAGCGGGGCGCGGUUUGCGGAGCAUGCUUUGCCGUUUCGUGCCUCAACCUGAGGAUUGCUAGAGCAAUAAUGGCACAGUUGUGAACAUAAGAGCCCAUGUGGUCAGGCUAGCACAAUACCUCCCGCCUGCAGCUAUCCGACGUGGCGUGGAACGGGCUCGUGGUGGACCGCAAGCGGCCCGACGUGGAAGUGCAGUUUAAGAAGGACUCGUGCACUGUGACGACGACCAUGAUGGCGGUGCGCGUGGUGAGCGGCAGCAAGAAGAACAAUUUCGCGAUCCACAUCCUAGGCGCGGCGGGCAUGGGCGUGGCAAAAGUGGAGAUUUCCAAUGACAACAGGAAGUGGGUGGGUAUGGAGUGCAAGGGGUGGUCGGCAUCGUGGACGGUGAACCGCAAAGACGCCAAGGACGCGGCAAAGAGCAUUGUGCGUGGGGGCAAGCUCAUGAGCGUACGCGUUAUAGCCGAAGGAUCUGGCGAGAAACUCGUCCUUGAUAACAUCAUCCCCGCUGGUUGGACGGACGCCCGGGUGUACACCUCGAAGACUAAUUUUCACGUUGAGGGAGCGGCGAAACCUGGGGCGUCUACUCCCCCGUUGAUCGCCGUGGCAGGAAAGGGCAGCGGCGUGGAUAAGGCGAAGGUGGAGAGCGCAGUGGAGGCGAUCAAAGCGGUGGUGAGCCAGGCGGGCAGCGAGGUGUCCGCUGCUGCCAAGUUCGUGUUCGGUGGCAAGGCCAUGAAGGGCGUUGCGGUGAGCCUGGAGGCUCGGAAUAAGGUAGAUAAGGAGAACAAGGGUGGGAAGAAGUCAGAUAAGUAACAAGUGAGGGGCCAAUGAGCUGAGAUGGUAGGCUACUGUGUCAGAGAUCUUGGCGCGUAUAGUUGACCCGUUUGCCUUGGUUUGGGAGGCAGAAAUUUGGGUUUGCUGAUGGGAACCAAGCUAUGACUGCUGGUUAUUGAGAGCGUGCAUGUAGGUGUGGUUUCCCAGAGAU